AUGGCAAAUACUAGGGCGCCAGUCGCUUCAAGAGGAACGCCAUCGACUUCUUCGGACCUGAUUGCAGAUCUAAAUGAACAUAAUAUUAUUCCAUUGAUCAAAAGGAGGAGACUUACCAGAUCGACUUACGGUUCUGUUGCAGAAAUACCAAUUGUCUUGGAUUCAUCGUCUUCUUCGUCGGAUGAAGAUGACAGUGAUAGCGAUAGCGGCAGUGAUGGCACUACUAGUGAUAGCCGGGCCAAAAAUGGAAAUAGUGACAUCAAAGCCAUGGAAUCUGAAAUUGGUAGACAUACUACAAGGGCAACUACAACAUCCAAUAAACGGAAGAAUGAGCCCACUAAUUUACCCUCAGUUACAGUCACCACCCCUCAAAGGCAGCCAAUUUCUGCAAGAUUUUUUUCCUCGAAUUCAAUCUCGAAAACAACCUCACUUUCUAGGGAGAAAUUGAUUUCGAGAGUGUCUGCGCAUAAUACAGAUGAUAAACCAAUAAGCGACACUCAAACUUUGCAAAAUGGGAAAGGGGUCGCGAAAAGUGCCGGUUUAGGUAACAGUGGUAGCAAUAAGAAAAGCAAGUCCGAAGAGGCAACUAAGAAAGAUGGCAAUGUUAAGAAUACGAACGUUUCAAAUACUGGUAUUGAUAGUAAUCACAACAGAAACAGUAAUAAAAUAAAUACUACUGUUGAGAAGCUUCCAGUAAACACAAAUUCCGCAACCAAUAACAGUAGAAAAGUCGAUUUGAACUUAAAACUGGACCUAGAUACAGUAUUGAAAGGUGAUCGGUUGUUGAAGAGGUCACAGAAAACCGCCAAUGUAAAUACCCAUCCAAGAAAUGGCCAAGAACAAUCCAAUCCCAUGGAAAGGGAAAAACCUGAAGCCAAGAGUACCAAUAGGGCGAAAACAAUAAACGAACUUCUCAACAAAAAUCCCCCCUAUUCUAGCAGCACAAAGACUUCAAGUACUACCCCAUCAACGUCGCCAUUGCCACCACCAACUAAAUCCAAGAUCCAGCAAAAACCCCUUAAGGUGGAUACGGUAAAAGCCGGACACGAUUACCCAGCAUCAAAAACUAAGAAAAAAGAAGCUGAGCCUGCUUUGCAAAAGAAAGAAUCUAAUAUCGAAAUCGAUUAUGACUCAAUCAAAGUGCGCAGAGACGUUUAUAAUACAUGUUGCAUUUCUUGUAAGAAGAACGGUCGAGCACAAUAUUGUAAUAAGCAAAAGCCAUGUGAUAUAUGUGUUGGUAAGAAGUUGAGACAUUGCUCCUAUUCAGACAAUGCUAAAGUCAUUAUUCAAGGAAAGGAUCUACCACGCAAUGUUGAUGGUAAACUUAAAAAACUUGUCUUAACACAACAGCGCUUACCUCUAGUUCGUAAAGAUCUGGAUAGAUCCCAAAGCAAAGGGGGUAUCUUGGCUGUCCCCAGUGGAGUUCCUAAAAAUGUAUCAGAGCCAAUAAAACCGUUGGGUUUACUGCAUUCAAUAAAGCCAUCGAAAAUACCUCAAAUUAGAAAUGUAGAUAUUGUUGAGAAAAUCGCCAGACAAAAUACUACUCAGGCAACCCAAGCUAUGGUCCAGAAUUCUUCCAAAUCUGGUGAAAAAUCCACUAAGGAAGACGAUCACAAGGCUCCAUUUGGCGAAACGGAUGAAUCGGACGAUGCGGAUGAAUACUCUUCUGAAGCAGAUGUUGAAGAAGAAGAUGAUGAUGCAGAUGCAGAUGAAGAUGAAGAUGACGACGAAGACGAUAAUACGAAUGACUUUGAGAGCGAGGACGAUGAGUACGAUGAGCAUGAAGAAGAAAGAAGAAGAAAAAGAAGAGGAAGCAGAAGCAGAGCCAAGGAGCGGAAAUCUACUACACCGGCCGAUGAAUUCAGCAGAGCUGAGCGGAUGUUAAGAGAACUAGAGUUUGAGAAGAGAGACAUGAAUGACAUCUUCACCACAAGGAGGAGACGAGCUGCCACGAAGGAAAACUACUAUAUUCCAAGUGAUGUUGAUGAGGAGGAGGAUUUAGACAAUGGAUAUGCGAUGGCCGAAGCCAGAAAUGAGCAGGUUAUUCUAAGUGAAGAUGAGGAGGAAAGAAGAAUGCUGAGAGGCGAUAUUGAUAUGAGCUACCUACAGAGCUUGAGGCUCGAAAGAGAGAAGCAAGCACAGCAUGAGUCUAGUGACAGUUUGAGUAGCGAUGAAGACAUUGAAUUGUAG